AUGUUCGUAGCAGUUGCUAUGGAUGGAAACAAAAACACUACGCCAAUAGCAUUUGGUAUUGGGGUGGCAAAUAAUGUUAACUCUUGCACUUGGUUCCUUAUGAAGCUGAAGGAUGCUAUCGGGGAGGGUAGGGAAGUUGCGUUCAUAACAGAUAUGGACGAUACCAUUUCUUCCUAUGUGGGUCAGGUAUUCCUUGAUGCCUAUCAUGGUUAUUCGUCUAAGAGUGUGUUGAUUUAUUGUCGCUUAAGAAUCGGUCAUAGCAAAAAUUUAGACUACUUGUUCUUCCGUCCAUGCAAAGCAUAUACUACGCAAGAUUUUCAACAAUCAUUUUCUAAGUUAAGUGAUGCUGCACGUGAGGUUCUUACCAACAUCGGAAAUAAGAAAUGGGCACGAGCCUAUUUCCCUAAUAUACGUUGGAAUGUACUAAACAUUAAUAUUCCAGAAUUCCUAUCGGUGUUAUCGGUUACGCAACGCAAUGUACCGAUAAUAUCGCUAAUUGAUACAAUUGUUCAGUACAUCCAACAGACGUUUGCAGAAAGCAGUGUCAUAGGAGGGUUGUUGAGCACCGUAUUCACCCCUUAUGCAGAGAUGGUCCUUCACAAGAGGAUGCAAAAGUCUCUAGGAUGGAAAGUGGCUAAAAUUCCACCUGAGUUCCCGUCUCCAUUCCCUUCUGAUAUUUUUCGGGUUUUUGAUCUAAAAAGAACAUGUGUUGUAGAUCUUAACCGACACACAUGUUCUUGUGGGAAAUGGUGCAGUCUGGGUAUAGCAUGUGGUCAUGCUAUUUCUGCAGCACGUUAUACAAACAACACGGAAUUAAUCGAUAUGGUUCAAAUAUAUUAUCGGGUUGAUGUGUUUCGAACUGCAUACCAGACUAGAAAUGUGAACGUUAUUCCACCUGCAGCUGAAUGGGAAAUACCAGAGCCAUUGAUGGUCAUUUUAAUCCCUAUGUAA